CAUAUUCUUAGUAUUUUUGCUCCCAGCUAGCCGCUCGCUUUUCUCUAUUCGUCAUGGACUACAUCUUGACUAUUGACUCUGAUGAUGAUGAAGGUUCUACCGUCCAACAUAAACCUGCCAAAACGCAGGCAAUGGAUCAGGACGACCCUCAUCUUAAUCCUGAAUUUGUUUUCGGCCUCUCCGACGUUCAGCUUGCAGAUUCUGCCUUGGACGAGAUCUACAACGUUUCUGACAAGACCUCUACAAAACCAGGGGCGGUCUCCGUCGACCAAAUCAUAGAGAGAAGAAAACGGCAAACCGCUGCAACGAAACGAAAACGAGGUACAGAAAGCGGCCUCGCACAGAGCGAUAGUGAGGAAAGCGGCUGGUCUCAGUCGUCAAGUGACGAGGACGACGAAGAUAUAGAAGCGAGCGGAGAUGAAGAGGGCGACUCCAGUGGUGAACGGAGUGAGGACUUUGGCUCCGCUUCUUCGGAUGAGGACGACGAGGGGCAAUCUGAUGAGGUGUCCGACCUCGAAACGCAGGCCGAGAAGGACCGCAAGCGUGCCUUCUUUGAAGAUUCGGACACUACUACACCAGCACACGCUUCGUUCCUUACAAUGAAUCUGUCAAGACCACUCCAAAAGGCUCUCACAACACUUGGAUUCAACAAGCCGACGCCAAUUCAGGUUGCUGCUAUCCCUGUCGCACUCAUAGGCAAGGACAUUGUAGGUAAUGCUGUUACCGGCUCUGGAAAAACUGCUGCCUUCGUUAUUCCUAUGCUUGAGCGCCUCCUCUACCGGGAAAAGGGGAAAAGUGCUGCAGCUACGCGUUGUCUUAUUCUCGUUCCUACUCGGGAGCUGGGCGUGCAGUGUUACGAGGUUGCUCAAAAGCUAGCUGCUUAUACAGACGCAAGGAUAGCUCUGGUUGUUGGUGGUCUCUCUCUCAAAAGCCAAGAGGCUGCCCUACGCACUCGUCCGGAUGUGGUCAUUGCGACACCAGGUCGUCUCGUAGAUCAUAUUCAUAACUCCCCGUCGUUUAAUCUUGACGCUCUCGAUAUCUUGGUUCUUGAUGAAGCCGACCGUAUGCUUUCCGAGGGGUUUGCUGACGAACUAUCCGAAAUUAUCAAAGCUUGCCCGAAAUCUCGCCAGACUAUGCUCUUCUCGGCUACAAUGACGGACUCCGUGGAUGAACUGGUCAAGAUGUCAUUAAACAAGCCCGUCCGGCUCUUUGUUGAUCCCAGACGUACAACCGCUCGCGGAUUGGUACAAGAAUUUGUACGUGUACGUGCUGAGAAAGAGACAGAACGGUCAUCGUUACUUGUUGCAUUGUGCCAAAGGACAUUCACAUCAGGUGUCAUCGUGUUCUUUAGAAGUAAAAAACUCGCUCACCAAAUGCGAAUCAUCUUUCGUAUGCUUGAUAUGAAAUGCGAAGAGCUACACGGUGACCUCACACAAGAGCAGCGCCUGCAAGCCCUCCAACUCUUUCGGGACGGGCAGGUCAACUUUCUCAUGGCAACUGAUUUAGCCUCUCGUGGUCUCGAUAUCAAAGGCAUCGAAACGGUUAUUAACUAUGAUAUGCCUAACCAAGCGGCUCAGUAUCUCCAUCGCGUUGGUAGAACAGCCCGGGCCGGUAAAACUGGGCGGUCAUUGACACUCGUAGGAGAAGCCGACAGGAAGAUGCUUAAGUCUGUCAUCAAGCAUAGUGCUAGUGGAGAAAACAUUCGCCACCGUGUCGUUCCCGCGGAAUCGGUUGCAAAAUGGUCAAAGAGAAUUGCGGACUUGAAAGACGAGAUAUCCAUGGUUUUACAAGAGGAGAAAGAGGAAAAGCAGAUUAGACAAGCGGAAAUGGAGCUCAAAAAAGGGAAAAACAUGAUCGAUCAUGAAAAGGAGAUCUUUUCUCGACCUGCACGUACAUGGUUUCAAAGCGAGAAAGAAAAAAACAAGGCGGCUGCCUCGAGUAAACAGGAACACGAGAAUGCUAAUAAAACAGACAGCGGGGUUGACGCGGCUGCCCCGAAACGAGGGAAGUUUGCUGGACUUUCAAGGCGGGCCAAGCGACGGAAAUUGGCAGCCGAAGCUGAUCAGGCAAUUGGCGAUACCGGUGCUGUCGGCGCUGCUAUACGAUCCGCAAAGAAGAAUGCGCGGCCACGCAAAAUUGGUCUCCCAGAACAAAACUCAAAGCCCCGUAAAACCGCAGGGUCACGCUCAAAGAGUGCGGGCGCCAAAACAGGAUUUGAUCGAGAUUUGGGGCAAAGGGGUCAACACGAAGGCAUAAGGGCGAAGAAAGGUGACAAAAUUGGGCGUCCGGGCAAAAGAAGGGGUUGAAGAGGGGCGAUCAUAAUCACGCACAUUACAAUGUUCC